AUGGCCUACAAUCUCAAUGAAAGGUUUGCUCCUGCACCUCCAUAUUUUAGGUUUUUAGAUCCUGGAGCAUAUCAGAGUACAAGUACUCCAAUCACCAGAAUUAAUAAAGCACCCUUUUUAUCGAACUGUGAAAGAAAAAUCAAAUCUGGAGAUAAAAUAUGGACACACACUAUAUAUUCCACCGAUAUAAAACGGCACAUUUCAAAUUGUACUGCACUUAUGUCAAAAAUUCCAAGAUUUCCCUAUGAAGCCAAUAAAUUUCCUAACAUUGACGAAAUUCUAUGUCAGUGUAAGGACCCAAAUAUAUGCGAAUGUGAUAUUGGGGAAACAGUAUUAGAAGAGGCCGUAUGUAAAGGAAAAUUAAAACGUACAAUAUUUAAAGGUCACCCACCAAGAUCAAGCCGCGGAGAUGGUCUUUCAGCUCCAUCAAAAGGAGGCCAAAGGUUUAAUGUUUUACCAGAUGGAUCAAAUAAACGAGUACUUUUACGACCUGAAAAAGAAUGUCCACCAUUUUAUAAUACUAACAUUACGGAGGCUAAUGCUUUUUAUAGGGGUUGCAAAUGGAGUCACAGGACGGCGAAAUUACCACAAAUUGUUAACGAUAUGCCUGGACCUGACACUUAUACAUUAGAGCACGAUCCAACUGCUGCCAACAUAUGUGCUGAAAAGUUGCGAUCUUUUAAAAGAAGAACGUCAAAACAAUAUCGUUUUAUAGAUAUGGUACAACGAAGAAAUAUUCUAGAUAAUUUACCUGGACCAUGCUCAUAUAGUCCGAAAUUCAUGAAAGGAACUGAUUUAAACUAUUUGGGACCAAAAGCACCCCGUUUUAGUAAAACGAAAAUGGACAUUAAAUGGCCUGGGCCAGCAGAUCAUUGGAUUAGGCGUGACUUUGAUUCACCUGAACUCCCAACGAAAUUUUGUCAUGCACUAUUACCAAAACGCGCGCCUUUUGGAUCGAAGUCUGUUCGCUUAAAACAUCGUAAGGAUGAAGGGCCUAGUCCGGCGAGUUACGAUCCAAGAUAUAAGCCGUGCCAAUUCAUUCGUUGUUUUAAGGUUCCCUUUUUUGUAUCCACUCAAAGAUUUAAGGAUGUAGUAUACGAAGAGGAAGAAGAUGAGGAUUAUUUUGAACCUGCAAAUGAACCUGAAACCAAAAAAAGUGAUGAAAAAGUAAAAGUGAUUCCAACUUGGCAAUUUAAAUCUGAAACUGUUAGAAUGAAACCGCUUAAAAAAGAAUCUCUAAAAUCUUCUAUGGUGGUCAAUGAAUUGACACGUAAAAAGGAAAGAAUUUUGGAACUACAACAAUCAGCGCCUUUUUUUAGCUCUGAGGCUCGUUUUCGCCCUUGGUAUAAUUGGAUACCCGUUCACGCGAGAGAGAAAACUCCCGGUCCAGCCUAUUACCUUGCGCAGCAAGCGAGAUGCUAUCCUGCUGUUAAACAAGGCCCACUAUUUAGGGUGCCGAGAUUUUGUUCUCUACAGACUCAGUCACCUGCACCAAACGAAUACCAUGUUUCUAACGGUAUAGAGGGAAUACUAAAAACUCAUAAUGAUAGAUUGAAAAAUAAUAUAGAGAAACAGCACAAGUUUUAUUGGGAACCUCCCGGUAUGGCAGUUAAAUUAAACAAUGAAGAAAAGGAGGAAAUGCUGCUUAAUCAGUCUAUAGCUCUCUUGGAAACUCCGAUUUUAAACAAUUCUAAUAGAACAAUUCGAAGCACUCAAAACCAGUCACAAAAAAACAUUGUAAAUGUUGUCCCCAGUCAUAAUAUCAAUACAUCUGUGGCAAAUUCUAUUAUCGGACUUAAAAUAUACAUUAAGGACAAAAGUGAUGAUGAAAUAGUCAGUGCUAACUUCCAAACAUCAGUGUCUAAUGCGUCGUUCAAUCCAACCACGUUUUCGUCUCAACGCAAUGCAAACGAGGACGCAGGCAACGCGCAUUAUGCUGAAUCGCAAAUAGACGGCCGUGCAAUUGCACAGUCCAUAGCAAAUGGUGUUGUUGCGUUUCCCGCUACCCAAGCGCAAGUUAUACACAGUGUGCGAGGUGUACCUUUGUCAGCGACGAGAACGAUGCAGUCGCCACUAGUAAUAAAACAAGGUACAACAACAGGCCAAGUGAACAUACAGCCUGGAAUGAUGGCCGUACCAAUGACAGUUAACUCAAGUAUGUCGAAUACAAUACCCAACGUGAUGACCAUAAAUAAGGCAGGAGGUCAGAAUGGUGUUGUGACAGCUCAGAACAUUGGUACAGGACAGCCAGCAAUCAUUCCCAAUGUACAGAUAUUAAACACUCGGCCCGCAGCUCCUACCGUUGCAGCUCAGAAAUCUGUAGCCACGGUGUCACCUCGGGUUGUCAUUGGAACUCCACAAGUAGUUGGGACGCGAGCAGCUGUACCUGGGAUAACGCUGCAAACACUUCAAAGUCUACAACAGGGGCAGCAGGGUCAUUUGUUGUUAAAAACAGAGAACGGUCAGUAUCAGCUGUUGAGGGUUGGUCCGGCGCCUGCUGCCAGUACACUAACGGCGCCCCAGCCACAGACCCUCCGGCUAUCGACCGUGCCGGCUCACCCCGGUGUCGUGACCGUAUCGACGAGUGUGGCGGUGCCUUCGCAGAUGGGCGCGAUGCCGACUGGACCCGUGGCCACCCCGGUGGCCGUCUCAUCCGUGACCACAGUCCAGAGCAGUGCGCCCGCGCCUGUUGCCCAGCCACCCGUUGUUCCAACCCAGAAGCCUUUGGACAAUACGAAGGAGAAAUGUAGGAAUUUUCUGGCCAACCUCCUGGACCUUUCAAGCAAAGAGCCGAAGUCGGUGGAAAGGAACGUGAGGAAUCUAAUCCAGGAGCUGAUUGACGCGCAAGUGGAGCCUGAAGAGUUUUGUGAUAGGCUCGAGAGGCUGCUGAACGCGAGUCCCCAACCUUGUCUUAUCGGUUUCCUAAAGAAAAGCUUACCUCUCCUUCGUCAAUCGAUGUGCACCAAGGAACUGGUUAUAGAGGGAAUAAACCCGCCGUCUCCGCACGUAGCUUUCUCCUCUAUUCCUUCUCUGCCGCCGCCUGCUCAACCCCAACCAGUCGUCGCUACUACAAACCUUCAGCUGCAAAAGACGCCCGCGAAACCGGGAAGUUCCAUCGCUGUAUUGCAAAACAUUCCGCUCAGCACGAAAACCAACGUGUCCAAAGUCGGUAAAACUAUGACGGUGAACAGCAAAGCUAACUUCUCGAGGCCGGGGAACCCUUCCGCGGCUCUGUCCACUGUACUCACCCCUGGCAGGUCCCUGUUGAAGGAGAGAGAGAAGAAGUCCACUCUCCAAUUCACUCAGCCGUUUGGCGAUGACAAGAUGACAGGCGAUGACGACAUUAACGAUGUUGCCGCUAUGGGUGGUGUUAAUCUGGCUGAAGAAACUCAGAGGAUAUUGGGAUCUACAGAGCUAAUUGGAACACAAAUCCGAUCCAUCAAGGACGAGUUUCUAGUACCAAUGGGCGUUAUGCAGAGUCGGAUUAAAGCGAUAACCAACAAGCACGGCCUUGAAGACGCCUCUAUGGAUGUGGCCAGUUUGAUUUGUCAUGCCGUUCACGAACGCCUCAAGACAAUGGUGGAAAAAUUGGCUGUCAUUGCGCAGCAGAGAGGCGAUCUACUCAUUAAGGGUGACGCCCGUUUUGAAGCAAUGCAAGACUUCAAAGGCCAGCUGAAGUUUCUCGAAGAAUUGGAUCGCGUAGACAGGAAACGGCGUGAAGACUCCGAAAGGGAAAUCCUGUUGAGGGCAGCCAAGUCGCGCUCCAAGAACGAAGACCCCGAACAGGCCAAGUUGAAAGCAAAGGCGAAAGAGAUGCAACGCGCUGAAUUGGAAGAAAUGCGUCAACGCGAGGCGAAUUUGACGGCGCUGCAGGCGAUUGGACCUCGCAAGAAAGCGCGGCUCGAAGGACCAGCGGAAACGGUAUCGAACACACCGGGAAAUACUUUUGCUGGACGCAGCCAACUGGCGCUUAGGACCCGCCUCAAGCGAAUCAACCUGCGCGACAUGAUCUGCCUCCUAGAACAGGAGAACGAAGCGGUUAACACGAAUAUGCUCUUCCGUUGCUACUUAAAAUAG